ACGUUUUGCCCGUCACUUUUUGAAAAAUGACCUCUCGUCUCUUGCUCAUUUGUAAGUGGAACCGGACUCAUUUUGUCGUUUGUAGCUUGUGGCUGGUACGAGUAAAGAUUACAGAGCGCUCAUGAGGCCCGCACGACGAUCAAGUAGUCAAAGUCAUGUGGAAACACAAGUUCCUGCCUUCAUUUUAAAAACCAGCCAAGGCGGACAAAACUUAAAGUCUUGAACUAUGGUUAAUUACAAACAGAGCCUUUUCUGAAGACAAGUGUAAUCCCGGUUGAAUUGAAUAUUGAGACAGCUAUGUGCAGUAUCAGGACAACAAACGUUUAUUUCGUAGACUGGGAAACUACGAGUAAAGAUUUCCUCAAAGGAAUCAAGUUCACCACAACACAGAGAGAUAUCAAAGUGCAUGUCUUCUGCAACAAGAAGACACCUAAGGAAGACCUUCCACCAAACUAUGAAUGGAUAGUGAUACAUCCAACCCUGACAUCCUCUGCUGAAGCUUCAUGGACAGCACUCAUUACAUAUGUACUUCAUUUUUAUACGCAUCUUGCCUGCCAUUGCACAGAUUCAAAGUGCAAGAUAUGGCAACAUCCACAUGUUCAUACAAAAUACAAGUCUCAUGUUGUUUGUGGAGAUGAAGCACGAUAUGAGGAACUCGAAGCCAUACUAAAAUACAACAAGAUACCCAUCAAGACUUUGCAUGUUGGUGAGAAGACUUUAUUGGAUGUUUUCCCUUAUACUUGUGGUCAAUGUAAAAUUAUUUUCAAGACAAAAGGUGAGGCAACAAACCAUGAUUUGCAUCAUCACAACUUCCUGUGUACAAAUCCGCGAUGCGAGAAAAGCAAGAGGCAAAAUGGUUUCUUUUUGAAAAAAGAACUCGUGGAGCAUUUGAAAGGUCAGAGACGCUGUGAAUUCUGCCCUGACAAGACAUACUGCACUGAAAAACAGCUGGAAGAACACUUGAAAAAGGUACAUAAAAAAUGUGACUGUCCCUGUGAGGAAUUCUUUGAAACGUCUGACGAUUACAUGGAACAUUUCUAUAGCAACCUCCCUUUACCAUGCCUCGAGGAUCCCGCAUGUGAAGAACGUUUCCCCAACAUUGAGCAUCAAGCAUUCCAUCACAAGCAGGUCCAUGGUUCGACUUAUCCAUAUUACUGCAUGGCUUGCUAUAAGAAUAACUACUUAGUAUGUUGUAAGACUGCAGAGAAACUUCUAGAUCAUGUCGAGGAAGAAAAACACACGGAUCAGGAGUUCUCAUUUGCGCAAAUUCCGAUAGGGAUCGCACUAUCGGGUAACGCAAACAAGUUAUCCCUCUAGAUAGCUUGAAGAAUUGUCUUGAAGAACUGAACUGCAUUACGUACAACCUUAGCCUCAUUACGAAACAUACGAAGAUCGGUGAAGAUUGGCUUAACAUGUAUCUGAAACAUAAGUUACUAUUCUGUACAGUCUGCAGUAACUACCAGGGCAAAAAGGAAAAAAAAAACCUCCAAGAAAAAAAACAAAAACAAAAAAACAAAAAAACAAACGGGAAUACUACCAGAAAUGAACAAGCGAACAAUCAAAUGGCGCACAAAGGUUUGGCUGCCUAGAAAACUAGAAAUAUAAAAAUUCCGUAUGCAGAAUUUAAAGACGCAAAGACGGAAAUCUAUGAAAGUUAUGCAUUGUGCAAACGCGAAAAGGAGAACUAGCAGAUGUAUGACUUUGAAACGAUUUGUGGAUAAUAAAAUAGCAAGUUUUAUUGAAAAAUAAGUUUUUUACUGAGCCAUGAAUAUUUCCCGGCUUUUACCAACACAAGUUAAUAACAUUUUUCAAAGCAAGUUCAUGCACAAAAUUCUUUUCUUUCUCUUUAAUUCCCUUGGAAGAUUCGUCCAUGAUAAGCAUUUAAAAAAAAUUUUCUUGAUAGUCAUGUGGAAUUUUUGUGAAUUUCUGGAAAUCAGUAUGAAAAAAGGCAA